AGCUCGUCUCCACUGCUAACGAAGCGCCUUUGCAGGGCUGCUAAGCCCCUUGCUGCCUCUGCAAUUAGUGGGGUCAGCUCGGCCUCGUGGGUCGCAGGGAGCCCUGACCCUGGCGGUGCCGCGUGAGAGCCGGGAUUCGGCCCUGGGGAGACUUUCCCGCGGCAGGACCGGAGCUGCCUGUAGAUAAAGAAGCUCCUGGUCCAUUUGCAGCCUGAGAAGUAGUCUGUGGGGAUGUCCGUGAUGUGGGCAGACUGCCUCCACCCCUCUGCCCCGAGCAGGAUCAGAGCUUGACUUGAAGCUGUCAUUUUGCCCCCUCCAGCCCCUGCUCGGCCAAGUGAUGCCCAGACCUGUACAUGCUGCUUCUGGGCUUGCUUCCCUCUAGCGACGCGCUCUCGCCUUCCCUGGGCUGCCUGCGCUGGAAGAGAGAGGCAGGAGUGAGUAUGCUACAAAACACCAGCCUGGACCCAAAGGCCAGAGGAGUUUUGCAGUGAGGCGAGUUUCCCCUUCCCUGGCACAGCCCAUCCUCGAGUGGAUAAGCUUCUCAGCUGAUGAGCUCUGGGCACUGAGUUUCUCUGUGCUCAGCAGGUCUCAAGGUCCUGGCCCGCAAGCUAGAAGACUGAGGGCUGCCAUGGAAGAGAAUGUGUUCAGCGUGCAGCAGAUACAGCCCAACGUCAUCUCCGUGAGGCUGUUCAAGCGCAAGGUCGGGGGCCUUGGCUUCCUGGUGAAGGAGCGUGUCAACAAGCCACCUGUCAUCAUCUCGGACCUGAUCCGGGGAGGGGCUGCAGAGCAGAGCGGCCUCAUCCAGGCCGGGGACAUCAUUUUAGCUGUCAAUGGCAGACCGCUGGUGGACAUGAGCUAUGAGACUGCGCUAGAGAUACUGAGAAGCAUCGCCUCUGAGACCUACGUGGUCCUCAUCCUGCGGGGCCCCGAGGGCUUCACCACUCAUCUGGAGACCACUUUUGCUGGUGAUGGAACACCAAAAACCAUCCGCGUAACCAGGCCCUUGUGCCCGACUCCGAAGGCAGUUGACUUGUCCAACCCAAGCCUGCACAGCAAAGAGCAGCCACUGUCAGGAGCCGACCGCACCAUGGGCUCCCUGUGGGCCAGAGAGAUCAGGCGGGAAGUUGAGCCAUUGGUCCAUGUUAACGGUGUUGUUACCGACACGAAAGGGCAGGACACUGGGAAAGGGAAGGACAGUGCUUGUUGUCACCCUUGCCUCAAUGGUGGUGUGGAAGAUAACGAACUGCUCAAAGAAAUUGAGCCCGUCUUGGAUCUCCUGAAGAGCAGCAGUAAGAACAGCGAUGGAGAUGCACCCUUCAAGGUAGAGACAAGAGAUAUAGAAGUCCAGGUGGACUGUUUCAGAGAAGGGGAAAACAAGCCCCAGAAACCCUUACCUGCUCGGAUGGAGAACGACCGCGUCUUUGGCGAUUUGUGGGGAAAGAGCAACGCGCCCGUGGUCCUCAACAACCCCUACUCUGAAACAGAGCAGCCACCACCAUCAGGGCGGCAGUCCCCAACUAAGAACACAGUGAACGGAAGUCCUUCCAAAUGUCCACGGUUUGUCAAAAUCAAGAACUGGGAAACAGGCUCUGUACUUCACGAUACCCUGCAUCUCAAGACAGCAAUGGCUUCUGCGUGCACUGAGCAGAUCUGCAUGGGCUCAGUAAUGACCCCCAGCCAGCAUGUCCGCAAGUCAGAAGAUAUCAGAACAAAAGAGGAGGUGCUCCUUUUGGCUAAGGACUUCAUUGACCAGUACUACUCCUCCAUAAAGAGAUCCGGCUCCAAGGCCCACAUGGAGAGGCUGGAGGAAGUGACCAAGGAGAUCGAAGCAACAGACACCUACCAGCUGCGGGACACAGAGCUCAUCUAUGGAGCAAAGCACGCCUGGAGAAAUGCUGCCCGCUGUGUGGGCAGGAUUCAGUGGUCCAAGCUACAGGUGUUUGAUGCCCGAGACUGCACCACAGCCCAUGGGAUGUUCAAUUAUAUCUGCAAUCACAUCAAAUACGCCACCAACAAAGGGAACCUCAGAUCCGCUAUCACUAUAUUCCCGCAGCGGACGGACAGCAAGCAUGACUUCCGGAUCUGGAACGCCCAGCUCAUCCGCUACGCCGGCUACAAGCAGCCGGACGGGACUAUUCUGGGAGACCCAGCGAAUGCGGAGCUGACGGAGAUCUGCAUUCAGCAAGGGUGGAAGGCACCGUAUGGGCGCUUCGAUAUCCUGCCUCUGCUCCUCCAAGCCAAUGGCAAUGAUCCAGAGCUCUUCGAAAUCCCCCCAGAGCUCGUGCUGGAAGUGCCCAUCCGGCAUCCCAAGUUUGAAUGGUUUAAGGACCUGGGCCUGAAGUGGUACGGUUUGCCUGCAGUUUCCAACAUGCUGCUCGAGAUCGGUGGCUUGGAGUUUUCCGCCUGUCCCUUCAGCGGCUGGUACAUGGGCACGGAGAUUGGGGUCCGAGAUUACUGUGACAACUCUCGCUACAACAUACUGGAGCAAGUGGCCAAGAAAAUGAAUUUGGAUAUGAGGAAAACCUCCUCGCUCUGGAAGGACCAAGCCUUGGUGGAGAUCAACAUUGCUGUCCUGUACAGCUUCCAGAGUGACAAGGUGACCAUUGUGGAUCACCAUUCAGCCACAGAGUCCUUUAUCAAGCACAUGGAGAACGAGUAUCGAUGCCGUGGCGGCUGUCCUGCUGACUGGGUGUGGAUUGUUCCACCAAUGUCCGGCAGCAUCACCCCUGUUUUCCAUCAGGAGAUGCUCAACUACCGUCUCACACCAUCUUUUGAGUACCAGCCGGACCCUUGGAACACUCACGUCUGGAAAGGGGUCAACGGGACACCUACCAAGAAGAGGGCCAUUGGCUUUAAGAAGCUAGCAAAAGCUGUGAAGUUCUCGGCCAAAUUGAUGGGGCAGGCCAUGGCCAAGAGGGUCAAAGCAACCAUCCUGUACGCCACAGAAACAGGGAAGUCCCAGGUCUAUGCAAAAACUCUGUGCGAAAUCUUCAAGCAUGCUUUCGAUGCCAAGGUGAUGUCCAUGGAUGAGUACGACAUAGUCCACCUAGAGCAUGAAACCAUGGUCCUGGUGGUCACAAGCACCUUUGGCAAUGGAGAUCCACCUGAGAAUGGAGAGAAAUUUGGCUGCGCACUGAUGGAAAUGAAGAAUCCCAACUCCAACCUGGAGGAGAGGAAGAGCUACAAGGUCCGUUUCAACAGUGUCUCCUCUUACUCGGACGCACGAAAAUCUUCAAGCGACGGGCCUGACUCCAGGGACAACUUUGAAAGCACAGGGCCCCUGGCUAAUGUCAGGUUCUCUGUGUUUGGGCUGGGAUCGCGCGCUUACCCCCAUUUCUGCGCCUUUGCCCGGGCGGUAGACACCCUCCUGGAGGAGCUGGGUGGAGAGAGGAUCCUCCGCAUGGGAGAAGGGGAUGAGCUCUGUGGCCAGGAGGAGUCCUUCAGGACCUGGGCCAAGAAGGUCUUCAAGGCAGCGUGCGACGUGUUCUGCGUGGGUGACGACGUGAACAUCGAGAAGGCCAACAACUCCCUCAUCAGCAACGACCGGAGCUGGAAGAGGAGCAAGUUUCGCCUGACCUAUGUGGCUGAGGCCCCUGAGCUCACACAAGGCCUAUACAGCAUUCACAAAAAACGAGUCUUUGCAGCCCGACUUAUAACACGCCAGAACCUGCAGAGUCCAAAAUCCAGUCGCUCAACGAUUUUUCUGCGACUUCACACCAACGGACACCAGGAACUGCAGUACCUGCCAGGGGACCACUUAGGUGUGUUUCCAGGGAACCACGAAGACUUGGUCAAUGCCCUGAUCAACAGACUAGAAGACGCCCCUCCAGCCAACCAGCUGGUGAAGGUGGAGCUCCUGGAGGAGAGGAACACAGCUCUAGGUGUCAUCAGUAACUGGACAGAUGAGAACCGUGUCCCACCAUGCACCAUCUUCCAGGCAUUUAAAUACUAUUUGGACAUCACCACCCCUCCAACCCCCCUGCUGCUGCAGCAGUUUGCUCUACUGGCCACCAGCGAGAAGGAGAAGAAACAUCUUCAGGUCCUUAGCAAGGGCUUGCAGGAGUACGAGGAAUGGAAAUGGUCCAAGAACCCCACUAUCGUGGAGGUGCUGGAGGAGUUCCCCUCCGUGCAGAUGCCCUCCACACUCCUGCUCACGCAGCUCCCCCUGCUCCAGCCGCGCUACUACUCCAUCAGCUCCUCCCCGGAGAUGUACCCAGGCGAGGUCCACCUCACCGUGGCAGUGGUCUCCUACCGCACUAGAGAUGGUGAAGGACCAAUCCACCACGGAGUCUGCUCCUCUUGGCUCAAUCGGAUACAGACUGAUGAAGUCGUGCCCUGUUUCGUAAGAGGAGCACCAGGCUUCCACCUACCCCAGGAUCUCAAGGUCCCCUGCAUCCUGAUCGGCCCUGGCACAGGAAUUGCCCCUUUCCGGAGUUUCUGGCAGCAGCGGCUUUUUGAAAUCCAGCACAAAGGCUUGAAGCCUUGUCCUAUGGUCCUGGUAUUUGGCUGCCGGCAAUCCAGGAUCGACCACAUUUACAAAGAGGAGACGCUUUUUGCCAAAACCCAAGGUGUCUUCAGAGAGUUGUACACAGCCUACUCCCGGGAACCGGACAAACCAAAGAAAUACGUGCAGGACGUGUUACAGGAGCAGCUGGCCCAAACAGUGUACAAAGCACUGAAGGAGCAGGGAGGCCAUGUCUACGUGUGCGGGGAUGUCACUAUGGCUGGGGACGUCCUCAAGACCAUUCAGCGCAUCGUGAGGCAGCAGGGCCAGCUGUCGGUGGAGGAGGCGGGCGCUUUCAUCAGCAAGCUGCGGGAUGACAGCCGAUACCACGAGGAUAUUUUUGGAGUCACCCUGCGUACGUAUGAAGUGACUAACCGCCUUAGAUCCGAGUCUAUUGCAUUCAUUGAGGAGAGCAAAAAAGAUACGGAUGAGGUUUUCUGCUCCUAACCGGACCCUUUGCCCCAGAGGGGAUGCCAGACCAGUCCUGCUGCCCCCUCCAGCCAGAGGGCACUGGGUUUUGUAUUUCACGAACACGGCGGCUCCUUUUCCGCGGGGAACUGCCAUGGGAAAGCGCUCUGUCUCUCAUCCUGUUGUUGUGUCCUGAUGAUGAUUUUUAUUUCUUUUUCUUUCUCUUUCUCUUGCUCUCUCUCUUGUCCUGUGGCAGUUUCUUUUCACCCCUGUUUCCCUUCCCUGGAUUGCCCCACUGAAGUACAAUGGCUUUAUAAUCCACAGUGGCUCUUAAAAAGUCAACAUUUCUCCUUCUCCUCAUGAGGGCAUUUUGCAGCUGCAUGAAACCACCAUCCUCGUGAUCAUCCGCGGUCUUGGUGUUUUGGGGCAGAGCGGAGGCACAGGGGGCUGGGCGAGGGGGUGCACAGGUUGGCUAGUUCUCGUUGCUUGACCACAGCUGGGGGUUGUUCUCCCACUCCCCAGGGCCCCUCUUCCCCCAGCUCGGGACUCGGCUGAAUCUUUGCAUGGUCUUUGCUUUCCUUUGGACUCACACAGGCCUGGGCACAUGUCCAGGUGGGAGGCAGAGGAUGUGCCGUGCUCUGGUGCCCAUGAACUUUGCCCAUCCCCAGGCAGCCUGGGUGCAGACGUGCUUGCUUUGAUCCGAAGGCUGGGCCGUCCCUGAUUCACGUAUUGCUGAUUAACACGUAACGAUUUCGCCUAAACGGGCUCCGCGCUGUGUUUGCCGCCUCCUCCGCUCCCUGUUCCCCACGUUCUCCCUCCGCUGGCCCCUGCUCCCUUUGCUGCCCCCCUCCCACCGGUGCGAAAGUCCUCCCACGAGGAGCAAGCCCUCAACGCGCAGGCUGUGCGUGCAGGCAGAGACCGUCGGCAGCGACGGCCUGUGCCUCCAGCCGCCCAGCCAGGCUGUCCUCCAGCGGGCUGUACAAGGGACGCGCGAUCCGCAGCGCAGAGGGGAACAGGUUAGCCGUGAAGCUGGCAGCAGAGAUUGGGGAAUCGGUUGCAUCCUAGAGCUUCGCACGCCGCAAACGCAUGAACCCACAUCCAGGAGAGCCUGGCAGGCCCCAGGGCUGAGAGAGGAGCACCUCCAACCCCAGCUGCAAGAGGCACCUCCUGCUAGCGACGGCCCUUGGGAAGCAGCGCUGGGCCAGUGUGGGGGCUGCUGAGGCUCGCUGCGUCCCUCACACAGUGCCCGGGGCUGUUGCAAGCCCAGAGCAUCAGCUCCAGCUUAGUGCAGUCUCACGAGCAGUUCUGGGUCAGCAGAGCCCUAACCCCAUGCACAGCUUUGAGAGCAGAAACCACCUGCACAGAGUGACCUGCUUGGCAAAAGAAAUAUGUGUGGCCUCUUGGUGGCAAGCCAGUCCCCUGCGUAGGCUCUGCGCCACCUGCAAGCGGCACGAGCUGUCUCUGCCCGGACACCCCGCGUGACAAGGGAGGUGAGAUCGGAUGCAAAGGCGCUGCGUGACUCUGGGCUCUGACACACUCGCACCUCAGCCCUGCUGCAAGAAAUCUGGCCCCAAAAGCAGUCCUUUAGCAUGAUCACAGGGAGAUAUCAGUCCCUUUUCGAGAGCAAAGCUGUCAGCAAGGUAAAGCAUGUGUGACCUUGCGUGCCCUUCCUCCGUCUGCUGCCUUCCUCACCCUGUUCCCCCUGGGAAGAAGGUUCUUCCUCCCUCAUUGCCAGGGUGAGGGCAGAUCGUGGCUGCAGCUCUCGCUGGCAGCAGGGUAUGGGGCUGUUUUGAACGUGCUGUUCCCUUCCUCCUGCCCCUACUCCGCUAAACUGUGCUGGUGCUUGUACGGAGCAGGGCACCUGCACUGGUGCUGGCAGAGAGGUUUGCCCAGGAGCUGUAAUGGUGAGUUUUGCUUUCAGAGGCUUAAGAUUAGCUGCCCAAAGCCAAAGUCUGAACAAGAAGAGCUGCAUGGGGCUUGCUGCUCUCCCAGCCUGUGGUGCAGCCCACACUGGCUCCACUGGUCUCAGGCUGUGCAGUAUCACACCCUCGGCUGGGGCCUCCAACCCUUUCCUGCUGCUUGGCUAGCCACAUCUUCCAGCUGCCAUAUCCACCUUCUGCAACCUCAACUCCCUGAAAGCUUGAAGCAGCUCUAGCCUGAAAACCCAGGAGCAAAAGACCCCCAGACACGGAGGGAUUUGAGAUCCAGGUCUCAGUUCUGUCAGUCCCAGCCGAGCAUGGAGCGUGCAGUGAAAUGCGAAGGGAUGCUGCCACGGUGUGGCCGUAGCCGAGCUCGCUGCGCUGGAAGGGAGCCGGAGCAGGGCUUCCAGCCAGCUCCAAGUAAGGCCGGCUUUGUGACUCUGCCUGGGGACUUCACGAUGGGAGUCGUAAGCAGGACACGAAAAAAGGCAGCCUCCGGUCCACCUUGCACCAUAAUCCCAGAGAAUUUGGUGGGAUGGGAGAGCUGGGUCUCUUGGAUGCUGUGACUUGUGAAUUUGGGCAGAGAUCCCACUUGCGGGAGCCAAAUCCCUGGCCCUAGACCUGUACGCACAGAGCAAGCUUGUCCCUAGCCCCUGGUCAGCCCCAUGGCUGACUCUGCAGACACAGAGUUAAAGAACAAAUGCAGAUCUCAUCCCCCUCCUUCUUGGAAGUUUGAUUCUGGCUCUAGACUUUGUGCUUUUAUCCUUCCUUUACCAGAAGUAUUGAUGCAACCUGCAAAGGAGCUAGUCCUCAAAGAAAUGCCCUUGUCCUCAUCCUCUUUCCAGCUUAUCCUGUGUUGCCAGCAAUUAGUUUUCUUCCUGUUCUGCUUCCUGCCCCUCUUGCUAUAACAUCUCCCAGCUGGGAGUUGCAUUGCUGCUGCAGGCUGUCUGCCGUGAGAUCAGCUUGCUCUUCCUGCCCCAAAAGUCUGCCCUCUCUCUCCUUCCAUCUGAUAUGCCAGCGAAAAUGCCUGGGAAGCACACGGAGAAGGGAACGCAGUGGUGUACUCAGCCUCCCCUGUUGCCUUCAGUGGGAUUUCCAAAGCAUCUGUGUGAGGCAGGCAGCCAGCCCAUCUCAAGUUCAAUAGUCAUCAAGUAGAUGAAGCCUCCAGAGCCCUUUGGAAGGGAAACGCUGUUUUAAGGCCAGUCUGCCUGGCCCAGGAGAAGAAAAGCCGUCCCUGCCAUGAAGAUCCAUGAAGCUUGUAUCCCUCCAGGGCUCUGCGCUGCCCUCUGUUUCCUUGGUCUGAGUAGGACUGUUUGCUCCUCGCAAGCCACAUGACUGGGAAAUUUGGUUUGUUGGUUUUUGUUGAGUCAGUCCCAGAUGUCUCAGCUUUUCCUUCAUCCCUCUUACCUGCAGGGGACUGGCGCUCCCCUCAAGCUCAAUUUUCUCCCUCAGCAAAGGGAGAAAUUAACUUGUGAAUCUGCUUUGUCAUUCCACAAAUGCCACUCUUUCACCAGUUGUCUAGACUCUGCUUAUCUCAGUGUGACGUGUCUGACACGUGGGUGUAGACACAGUAUCUCCAGCAUGCAGAAAUGUCAGAGCAUGGUAAGGUCUCCGGCAGGCCGGUGUGAUGAGGUGUCUGGGGGUGUCACACCUGGAGGUGUUGUGCCUCUCAAGCUCUCGGCUCACAAAUCCAUCAUCCCGGGGUACCUCCUGCCCUUCAGGCUCCCACACACCCUGACGUGGCUUCUGCGGCAAGGGGCUACUAGACCUGAUGGACUCCCGGCCUCAUCGAGUGUGCAGUUUCUCUCUUCCUGGAUGUCCACCACCACCGUCUGUUUUGCAGCAGCUCAUCUCCCUUUCAGUUCCCAAGGAUUAAACAUAAGGAAGCUCUACUCCAAACACAAGAGUCGAUGUUCAAGAUAUUAUCAAAAGACUCUAGAAUUUUUUUUCCCAGCAUUUUAAUUUGUAAGUUUUUCAGAUGUCCACAGAAAGUUGUAUGUGUCAACUGAAAACUUACAGGGAAUGGUUCUGUGUUUUCCCAACCCACAGUGUCCACUAACAGGGAAAAAUAAGUUGUUCAUUCAGUGCAAGGGUAUCAACUGCCUAUGCUGAUGACUUCAGAGGUUUCAUCUCCCUAGAAGGGCUGCUUGGGAGUUUGCUGUUCUUCUUUCUAUUCCUAUUUAUGAGAUAUCCAAGAGAUGGUGGGAAAAUAAUGAGACUUCUGUCAUCACGAAUAGACUUGCAAAGAUGCAAAACCUCUACCAUCCUUGCUGGGUAGGCCUGAACUCAUUGCACUGGUGGAACUGAACCAGUAGCCUCCAUGCUAGCCAGAGAAACUGGGUUUGAGUUUGAGCUGUCUUGCUACCUGUCCCACGUCCUGUGCCUACGUGUCCCCACUGGCCAGCAGACAGGCUCAGUCCACGCUUAGAGCAGCUAAGCCAAUGUGUCCAUGCAUGACUGGGAAACCUGCACUUGCAUCCUGAGCUAAUGUGGUUGUAUCUAUGCAGAAGAGGAGAUGGGAUGAGAACGGAGCUGCAUGAACCUCUGUGUCCAGUCUGUGAUUGCUCCAUUUGUUGCUUUAUUGUUAAUAUACGAUGCCUCUCACCCCCUCCCAGGCUAUAAUCCAGGCUCCCUCCAUCACCUCCCUCCGGAGAUCCCUCCUUUCUCCUUCUUUGCCCUGUCUGCCCAGCCAAAAGGCACAGCAAGCUGCUCAGCAAAGGUUGGUCCUGGGGAUGGCAAUGGACUUUCAGUGCCUUGUGCUGGGAAGAGACUACUGCUCUGGAGUUGCUCUCCCAUUCCUGCUGUCUCCAGAGAUGCUCCAGGGUGUUGAGCGGAACAGAUGAUUUCAUUUUACAAGUGAAAUUCUUGGUGGGCAAAUUCCCCUGGAAUAACUAAGAGCAAACUUUUAUCCUUCCUCAGCUGUGCUGUGCAAUUAUCUGCCACUGACGGGGCUUUGUAGGGGGUAGGAAGGAUUUGCAGAGUUAGAGACUUUCUGGGUGCAAGCUGGACACCAUCUUCUGUGAGCACCACUGCUCUGUGAAAACCUACCACAUACUGGCGGGAUGCGUUUUUAGUAAGGUGUUGGGGGAAGGUGCAUGUUUGUGCUGCAGCCUCAUGGACUUGCGCCAGGGCCCAGCCAAAGCUGCUGCAUACCUUAGUACUGCCGAAGCCUUUGGAGUCCUCUGAUUUAUACCUAUGGAGGAGCUGCAGAGAGUUCCCUGUGUUUUUGGAAGGAGAAUUUUAUGAUCAAAACUAAAUUUUGCUCCUGCUUUCACUGGGGACCAGUUCUUGGAUUCAGCAUUGCUCUGAUAACUUUGCAAUUGCUUUUAUAGUUCCGGAGGGGAGCACAGUCCCUUUACAGAACAGAUGGAGAUGCACUUUCAAGACCAUUCAGCUUUGCUGCAACUCUGUCUUUGCUAUGGCAGUUUCCUCUGCUCUAACAGGAGGAACAAAACGUGGCCAGUGCUGAACACUCCUGAAAACUGUGUUCCCAAACUCAGACAAAAUUAGUGCAGCGUCUAAGUCCUCCCAGACACAAGAUGCCUUGUGGCCAUGCCUGUCGGCUUCAGCGGUGUUGGGGAUGUUCAGCGGCUUGCAGGAUCAGGCUUUCAUAGCAGCAACAGCAGCAGCAGUUUCUUGAUGACAGUAUUUUCGCGUGUGUCAAUCAGCACUUGCACUUGCCUGCAAUGCAUGACUCUCUAGUAACCCAUUUGAAAUCUUCCCUCGGCGGGGAGAUCUGAGCUCUAGCUUCUUCCAUAUGGCCAUGUGUAUUUAACAGGAAUUCAGGGGAGCUGGAGAAAGCUAAUGAGAUUGCUGCUUUAAAGCACUUGGUUCCAGAAGUAAAACAGACCUUACUAGAGAUCGAAAUCUGCUUGAUUCUAGUAUGGGUACAAGGGCAAUUCAUCAAAUACUUAAGCAUUGUUAUGCAGAUAUAUCUUUUUCCAGUUGUGCCAGGAAUAAAGCAGACUAGAAACUCUUGGCUUCCACCCCUACAGAUGUUGCCAAUGAAGGCUAUGAUGGAAGUCUGAGCCAUUGAAAUCACAGGGGAAAAAAAAUCACAGAAAGUGAGUUCAUAGCUGAGCAGCCGUAGCUUGUUUUCUGAUGAGAGCACGUCACUGCAAUGAGCUGACCACAAAGGCUGCUGUUUUCCUGCCUCCUCAUUCACGUGUCUACCUGACCAGAUAUCAGGGAGGGAGGAAAUGCUUCAAAAGCACGAAAAUCAGAUGUGCGAGCUUUGUCCUGAGAGUCCUUUAUUUAAGGGGAGCCUACAGGCCAAGGCUUUGCAGCUACUCUUCAUUACUGCGGCAAGGAAGCGGGCAAGACACCUGGGAUUUCUCUUGUAUCCAGUGGCCAAACCUUGGAGAAGAAGUUGUCCUGGGGCUGUGGGACAGCGGGAGAGCAUCGCUCCCAGGCUCCGGAGCUGGGCUGGGGUAGACUCCUACAUAGCCUGAUUGCAGUAUUUGCACACAGCUCUUUGCAGGGCUGGCUCAGAAACCUCUCUGCUAGUGAAUAAUUCUGGACAAGUAUUUUUAAUACUUCCAAAAUUUGAAGACUUUAAAUACUGAAAAAGUCAAUCUAAAAGAUCAACCAAGGCCAGGUGUCUUUUUGUUGCCAUGUUUACACAUGUUGGUUUUAGGCAGGGAAAGCAAAAAAAAAAAAAAAAAAAAUCUGCAAACAGCUUGAGGACAAAUUAAAUUAGCUAAAAAUCACCAUUCCCUUUGCAGGGGAGGAGGAAUUUCACUUGUUUAAAAGAAGAAGAAGAAAAAAAGAGGUUCCCUAUGUGAAUUGUCCUUGAAAAUGUCCUCAAGCUGCAGAAGUGGGAAAUCUUUUAAAGUCAUCUGGCCCCAAAUUUUAUUUUUAAUUUAAGAUCUUGAGUUUCCAUUCUGAAAACCUGCAUGUGCUUUCAGAUUUAUGAAUUAAAUUCAAAUUCAUACAGGAACCCAAUCACUUCAUCUCAGAAAGAGCCACAGGUUGAAAUACGCAAAACAUCCAGAUUGGGAACACUUUCUUGAAUCACUUCAAUAACUGACUUCUCCCUCCUCCAAAAUAAUGGGGAAAUGUGUGAAAAUAUCAAUUGCUUUUGGCUGAAAUUGAAUAUUUUGUCUCCACAAUAAUUGCUAGUAGAAUUUUCAAAAUGUUACAAGGGCAAUAAAACUGCCUUCACAUGUACACAACUCCAACAGGCAUCAGAGCUACUCUCUUCCAAACCUGCUUUUAUAAAUUUUUCUCUCUGCGUGAUUGUGAAAUGGAAUCAUGUCUUAACAAAAUAUGCUUUACAGUACUCAGCAGGUUGUCUGGAAACAGCAAGCGACAUUUCAGAAUCUCCCAGUGCCCAGCAUUGAAGUGAUGGCUUCAUAGCCAAUGAAAUUCAAUGCAAAAUUCCACUUUGCUAGGAAUCAACAAAACAGCCAAAUGUCCAGAAUUCCCAAGGCUCGACGUGCUCUGCUGUUCUGAGAUGCCUUCAGAAACCCUGGGCUCUAUAUGCCGAAAAGAGCUUGAGAAUAGCAACGGUUCAGUUGCCUGGUCUGUAGCAACAUCCGGCAUUCUGCUAGAUUUUGCAUGAUUCCCCAGGUAGCAGAUAAGCAGAGUCAGAUGACUUUCAGCCAGGACUCAUUGCUUUUUAGAUUGCAUGUAGUUAGAAACAGUAGUAGUUCUGCCAGCUGCCCAGGGAAUUUGAUAUUCAGUGCCAAUUAAUUUUUGUAAUAGGAACAGGGAUUCAUUCCCGUUAUUCCCUUAGGCACCUUUGAAAUGUCAAAGCCUCAAAAGUUUGUUUGUUUGUUUGUUUUCUGGUGGCCUUUUUCCUGAAGAGCAGUGGUGCGGAGAUGAGAAAGGGGACCACUCUGCGAAGGGUGGCAGCUUUGGGGCAGGCAACUCCCAAACUUUCCAUUGUAGAGGUUUUCUAGACGCUCAGAUGUGGGUAAAUUCUGCUCUGCUAGACGGAACUCCAGUCUCUCUCUAGUCUCUGGUUCUCCUGCUCCUUCCUCCCUCCUCCCAGCACCUCCUCAUGUCACUGUGCCUUCAUUUGGUUUAUAAAAUGAUGCCGUGAUUUAAGACUGGCACAUUGACUUUACUCCCAUUUUGCAUCCCGUAAGACAGGUAUGUUUGGAGGGGGGUAGUUAAUUUUGUAACUUUUAUUGUGAUUCUAAGGUAGGUUUCUUCCAAGGAGUGAAGGCGUGGGGACAGAAGGAGCAGGGAUGAGCAGGAGUUAUAUUUGAUCAUACCAGUGCUUUAAGUGGUCAGAAACAUGGUUUUCCCCUACCUCUGAGCUCUCAAUGCUGCUAAAAUCUCUGCCAUUCAUACAAUGUACUCCAGCCCCUCUCUUGGACUGACUCUGGCUCUGUUUGCAAGAUAUCCACAUUGUUCUAAAGCAUGCACCUCUUUCUGUAUAGUUCCGAUCUUCUGAUUUUAUGGAAUACAAUACUUAUGCCUGUUUGCAUUACGGUCAAAUAAAAAAGUGAACUAAAAUGUCGUGGACUUCAUUCUUCUCUUAUCUCUGGGUUCUUAGGGCUGAACAGCCUCUCCUGAUAUCUUGGCCUUGCUCUGUUUGUCCACCUGAGCUUUAAUAAAUAAAUAAAAAGCAGGAUGGUGGCA